GUUUGCCCCACAUGCCAGUCACUCCGUUAAAGCGAGUCGUACUCACCCGAGCCAUGUCAUCAUCCGCAGCUACCAAAAUCGUGCGCUUCCUGGAUGCGUACGGCAACGAGCGCAUCGGCCAGGAACCAGCCCCAGGAACCCAGCAGUCACAGCUGAUUACGGGCAAAGACAUCUUUGGGUCCAAGACACUGACGUCGCAAUUCGCCGAAGUCCGCCGAGUGCUGGCGCCGUUCGUGCCGACGCAGAUCAUUGGCAUCGGUCUCAACUACCGCAACCACGCCAAGGAAACCAACAUGCCAAUCCCCAACUUCCCCGUCGUGUUCUAUAAGAACAUCAACUCGGUGGCCGACCCAGAAACCUCGAUUGUCCUGCCGAAACGCGAAGGCACCCACGUCGACUACGAGUGCGAAUUGGCCGUGGUGCUCAAAGCUCCGUGCAAAGACGUGUCGGUGCAAGACGCUCUGAAAUUCGUGGCGGGGUAUACGUGCGCCAACGACAUUUCCGCGCGCCGCUGGCAAGGCAACGCCAUGGGAGGGGGACAAUGGUGUCGAGCCAAGUCGUUCGAUACGUUCUGCCCCCUUGGGCCGGUGCUCGUGACCCCCGAAGGCAUCCCAGACCCCCAGAACCUCACGAUUGAAACCAUCUUGAACGACGUGGUAGUCCAACGCUCCAACACGAAAGACAUGGUGUUCUCCGUGGCGGAAUUGAUCAGCCAACUGUCCCAAGACACGACGCUUCCUGCAGGAACAGUCAUCCUUACGGGUACCCCCGAGGGCGUGGGGUUCACCCACAAGCCGCCGAUUUACUUGAAACCAGGCGACAAGGUUGAGAUUCGCAUCCAACACAUCGGGUCACUGUUGAACUACGUGAUUGGGGCAUCGUCGCUCUGACAAAAUAGUAGUACGCUGCGAAAGAGUAGUCGUAAUAUAUUUUGUGGUUGAAGUAACGUAGUGCAAUGUCGACAGGUUCUGC